AUGCCAGCCGCCGAUGCCGGAGUUGCUGCAGAAGCUGAAUCUCGAGAUUCGCCCGAUCGCGGAUGUCUGAAACACAGGGACCCGGGCCUCUUAUCAAUGGGCUUUACCUCGUUCGCUGUUCGCUGGAUGAUCCCUGACGCCGCUGACGGCUCGAAGCGCCGCCUCGAUUACCUCCGACGGUUAGACAAUCGUUCCACCAUCCACGAUGCACGACCGGAGCCCCGAGUUCAGGAAAGGAAGCGAUUGACUCGCCCUGGCCAACGAUGA